AUGUCUCUCCAUAUGAGUGGGCGCUCGCUCAACUCCGAUAACGAUGAUGAACCUAUAUAUUUCACACCAACAUAUAAGUCCGAAGACCUCAUUUGUGAAGGUUCCGAUACCGAGGCGAAUCCCAGAGCGAUAAUCGAAAAACGACGGCGAUAUGAGCAAUGUGCGGAAAGAGUACUACGUGGACAACUACCUAUUAUUGAAACUGCGCGACUUAGAGGACCCUUUUACAAGGAUAAUAAGAGUGAAUGGUUGAACCCAUGGAGACAUCAAGAAGGGACCUGGUGGAAGCCUGGAUCAAAAGACAUGCUAUUCAAAAGGGAGGAUGUUUUGCGACGAGCUAGGGAACAUGGCAGAAAAGAUAUGAGCCCCGCAGAAGCACUGGCAUGGUGCCGACGGGAUGCUAGACGACAGGCAGAAGAAAUGGGAGUUCACGACUAUUCGGACAUGCAGUGUGAAUCUGCGACUGGCCCAGAUACCGAGGGUUUCGUUGUAGAUGAGACAUUGCACGGAGAUAUAAUGAUGGAAGAAGAGGGGGAUUUAUCUAAAGGCAUCAGAUCAUCAAUCAGACCUCCAAUACCACAGGUUCCGAAAUCGACAACUGCGCAUGCGAAUACUAAAGAUUUUGAAGAUACACCAAUAAUAGGGAGCUCGACUUCGAAUGCAGAGGAUUACGGUAGACAGCCGGAGUCGUGGACUGGUAUCAAGAGACCUGUAGAUGUAGCUUGGUUGAAAGGCUCACAUGUUUCGAAGCGCGCUCGUUGGGAGGAUCCCGCGGUCUCAUCGCCGACUCCGUUGCCUCAUGCAACAAGUCAAACAUUUCAGUACAAGGACACAGGCACUAUGAUAGUUGCACAAAGUCGAACGUCGCAUAAAAUUCAACCGCGAUCGGGUCUUUCUUUGGAGACUCCUCGGCAAGAACUAGCUUCCCGGAAGAGCCAUGCAUCUAUGCAGCAAUCAGACACUACAUCUAGUGCGGAAACCUCAUUUCAUACUAAUAUCGGACAACAAGGACAACGGCGUAGCAUAUCCAUGUUCGAACUCGAACGCGAACUCGAACGGCGACCUACCAAUCUAUGCGAAGAUUCCCCCGAGCCAUAUUCAUCUAUUCCAAUUUACACGCCAGCUGGCAAACAAGCUAGUGUCUCGCAGACUUCAGCAACGAAACCAGUCACUUCGCCGCGACUUCCCUCGCAUCCUAAAAUUGGUGUGUUGCAUGAUGAAAAUCACGAAACUCCAGGAAACAUGACUUUUGUGACUGACGUUGCACCAUCUUCUGUAAACUUGGAACAUUUUCAAUUUCGAAAGAAGCGUAGACGCAAGAGUGAUCCCCCGGAUAUUUCUGGUCGUUCGUUUACUGUGAUAGGAGAAGACAGCCAUAUGCCCGUAUCCGAAGAUAGCAGGCCAAAUUUCAGCCUUCAAAGCGAUGCAACCUUUUCGACCCCAUUUACACAUCACCCUAUCGAAAAGGCAGAGGAGUUCUCGAUAUCUUGGCCAACAAAAUCUGUAGUGACAAAAGCUUCGUCCCGCAGAAGCUCUCAAGCCGAUGAGAGUUGGCGUACCACACAAGAAGAAAUCGGAAUAACUCCGUCGACAAUGAGCUCGGGUAGCAGGAUUACAAUCAAAGGAGGAUGUUCUCCACAAAGCGAAGACAUUGGUAACAGCUGGGUCACAACACAAGAUGACUUCAACCAUGCUCCAACAUCGUCUGUUUCAAUGGAUAUUACUCAGAUCUAUCGGAGCUCGAAUUUUGUGCCACAGCCAAAUCUUGUUGAGCGUAUGGAGACUCCUACGAUUAGGAACUAUGAGAACACAACUACAUUACAAUCUUCGCCCCUAAAACAGCCCUCUGCUCCACAAUCUGCACGCCAUCUCUCGAAAUCGUCGCCAAAACUAUCGGCUCGUCCCCAAGAUUAUAACAAAUUGGGUGUGCCUAUGCCUUGUGAGAACCUCGAUGGAUCGAGUACACAAUCUUACAACACCAGUCCAGUCAACUCGAUAACGAUUACAUUUAAAUCUCCACGGGCCUGCAUUUUGCCACAAAAUUUGGGGUCAAGUCAGAAACUCCCCCAAAGGACCACAUCCACAUCUAAUGAAGGAUUUGUUAGAAACGUACGGAACGACAAUGUCGAGCAUGAUUCUUUGACACACGUGCAAAUAUCAGAUGAUCGAAAAUGGGUUGAAACGGAAGGAGCCGUUUCGGUAAUGAAUUUCACGCUUGAGGGCGAGCAGAUCGAGGAUGUCACCUCACUGCAGGCUCACCAAGAAUCGAACAUUGAUAUAGAACUUCAAGCCGAUUCGGCAGCAGCUUUCGAGGAUCUUGAAGAUGCUGAAGAUAUGCAAGGUGUGGCUCAGGGAAAGAUGCAGGAAGAGGUACAGGCAACUAUGCGGGCCGAGCUGGAUGCCGAUGACGUUCCAAACUCCGCACUUUUAAGCGGUCAAACGUCAACGUCAUCAUCACUAGCAAGAACAAAUAACAUUACUACACCCAACCUCACGUCGAUUCAUAAAGCUAGGAGCGUCGAUCAGAUUCCCAAAAGUUCUAUGCCGAACCAAUUUACUCCCCUAUUUCGUGAUGAAGAAGAUGUCCUUUCGCUAGCGAGCACUCAAGAUCUCACCGAAUAUCUAUUAGAAGCAGCUGCCAAAGAAAGAGUUUUAAAUGUUCCUUCCGAAGGUACUGGGUCUGACACAGUUUCAAAUCCGGAAUUGCAAUCUGGAAAGCAAACUGCCACUCAACCCCGUAUCCCACAGAGUCCCUGGGUCGCAGCUCAAGCAAUACCUAUGAUCGCUCCCAUAGUACUUACAAGUACCGAAGUGGUGGAGCCACUCAAUGCCGAGUCUCCCAGUUCCGGUUGGCAGAAAGAAGAGCGUCCAGUCACACCUGAUAAUGACAUCAUUAGACCUUUCCGAGAUCUUAUGACCCCAAGUCCUCCACCUGAAGAUCUGAAUACACCAGAAAUUGAACAGCGGCCAUCGAAUACACAGCUUCUUGUGGAAGCGGCAACGCAAAAUCCUUGGGUAAACGGUUCCAACAAAAAGAGUACUAAGCGCAAACGCGUGUCAUUCGGUACAUUAGAUGAAGAUCCAGUGCCCUCUCAACGUAGUUCGCAGCGUCAACGCCGCUCUCCAUCUCCUGAGGGUACAUAUCGUACAGGAGCUUUUGGAAACAAAGUGGCUCGAUUCGACGACGAUGUCACAGAUAUGAACAGCUUCCAAAAUCACUUCUCCGCAAUUCGUAGUAAGUCUGAAGGUGAGAUUGUACCGAAAAUCAAUAGCUCCGUCAAACGCGGUUCCGCAAUUACAAAAUAUAAGACAACCCUCUCAGAUACGACCAAUCUGAUAGCAAGUAGUCCCGCAAUAGGUGCAAUGGCAGAAGCUUUUAUCGCAGCUGAUCGCGAUUCUUCACGAGAGCGAGAACGUCGUUUAACAAUAAGCCCUUCACGAAAUCGAAAGUAUCAGAGGAAAAGCUAUAAGACUUUUGAGGAUGAAGAUGAAGACGAUUCGGGGAUACAACCCUCGGAUUCCCAUUUCUCUACAAAUGUAGCUCUUAAUGAAACGUCAAGUAAUAUCAAACUGGAAGAACAUACACCAGGAGAUUUCCUCGAUGAGGUGGAAGAUUUCUUAGGGGGGGAUUGGUCGGUUGAGGGAGAGUUGAAAAAAGCUACUAGUACGGAAUUUGAACUGGCUACUCCUAAGCGGGAGAGUAAAGUACAUUCACGGAGAAGUCUUUUUGCGAUUGAGAAUGUAUGGUCUUGA